AUGGCAAAUAAUAUCAAUGGAGAUGUAAAAAAUUUAGACCUUGGUCCUGAUUUUAAGAAUUGUAAAUGUUUGAAUUUAUGUGAGCUUCAAUUAAUUUUGGGAGACCAGCUUCGAUUAACAUCCAAGAGAAAUGAAGAAGCUCAAGCAUUGAUUAAAUCGUCCUAUGAUUAUGCAAAUAAAUUUGCUACUAUAAAAAAUAGAAGUUCAAUUGUCGACGUCAGAACUAAUUUAGAACGUAUAGGAGAUUUACAUGAAUAUGAAAUAGCCAUGCUAGUGAAUCUUUUGCCUAAAACCAUAUUAGAAGCUAGAUAUUUAAUUCCUUCAUUAAUUCGUUUAAAUGAUGAAACGUUAAAUUCUAUAUUAGAACAUCUUAUAAGUUAUAAAAUGUACGUUUCUUAA